AUGUUAAGUUUACUGGCUUUGGAUUAUACUUUGACUAUGGUGGUCACUCCUCAGUAUGCUCAAUUCGGAAGGUGUCGUUUAAGUGGUAAUAAGUAUUUAGGUGAUGAUGGCGAAGAAAGAGAUGAGUAUGAAGAGGAAGAAGUGUUACUUGGAGGUGGUAGAACUAUAGAAGUGAUCGAAUAUAUUAUCUUGAUUUAA